UAGCUACAGUUACAUAAAGACAUUUCUGUUUUCAGUUAAUUUGAAUGUUUAAAAUGAAUUAAACCGCUAGAAUGAGUUCACCAGAGAGUCUGAGAGAGUUUCCGCCUUCAGCGGAAGAAGCUUUAGUAGUUUUUAGGAGAAGAAUCUUCGAGAACCAGGAGCAGAUCGACCCUGAUGUCAGUAAACCUCACACCUGCCUACAGAGAACAGAUGUGCCACAACAGCACGUGUUUAAGGAAGAGUAUGAGCAGCAUCUCUGUAACCAAGACAGGAACUCCAGCCUGGACCAGGAGGAGCCAGAGCCUCCAUGGAUUAAAGAGGAACAGGAGGAAGAGCAGCUCGUAGUGAAGGAGGAGACAGACACGUUCAUGUCGACUUCUCCUCAUGAGAAAAGUGAACACAGGGGAGGAGAUCUACGAAAUGACUCUCAUGUUGCUGAGAAUCAAGAUCCCACAGGAAGUGAACACAUCAUAGAGCAGCUAACUGUUACCAAAGAAGAAAUGUUUGUUGAUGAGGUCAAGGAAGAGAGUGAUUGUCAGUACAGACUUCUGGAUACCGUCUGGAACAGAAUAGAUGUGCCACAACAGCAUGAGUUUAAGGUGGAGGAGGAGGGUGAGCAGCAGCUCUGUGACCAGGAGAGGAACUCCAGCCUGGACCAGGAGGAGCCAGAGCCUCCAUGGAUUAAAGAGGAAGAGGAGGAAGAGCAGGUCAUAGUGAAGGAGGAGGCAGACACAUUCAUGCUGACUGACCACAGUGAAGGAGAACUACAAAAUCAACAGCUGCUCCUUUCUAACGACUCUCACAUUGCUGAGAAUCAAAGUCCCAGAGGAAGUGACCAUGAAGACUCAGAAUCAUCUGGAGAAUCAGAACCAAAACAACAGAAAUCAUUUAGGAAAAGAGGAAAUCACAAAACUCAGACAUCAGAGAAAGACUGGGAUUGCCAACAAGGUGAAAAGCCUUCAAGAUGUGGCACAGAAGAUUUUAAGAAUAUGUCAGGAUUACAGACGACGCAUUCAUGUGAGACUUGUGGUAAAGUGUGCAGCUCCAAGGCACAGCUGAGUAGACAUACCAGAGCCCACACAGCUGAGAAGCCAUAUUCAUGUGAGACAUGCGGUAAAAAAUUUGGUUUUAACAGCCAGUUGAAGAUCCACAUGAGAACACACACAGGUGAGAGGCCAUACACCUGCAGCAUCUGUGGAAAUAAUUUCAAUAAGUUAUCAAGUUUAAAAGCUCAUCAUCAAACACACACGGGUGAGAAGCCUUUCUCCUGCAGCAUCUGUGGAAGAACAUUCACACAGAAGUCAAGCCUAAAUGCCCAUGACAGAAUUCACACAGGUGAGAAGCCGUUUACCUGCAAGACAUGUGACAGGUCUUUCAGACUGAAAUGUGAAUUAAAAGUCCACCUGAGAACACACACAGGUGAGAAACCGUACACCUGCAACACCUGUGGGAGGGCAUUCAUUAAAAUGUCAAAUUUGAAAAUGCACAAUAAAAUUCACACAGGUGAGAGGCCGUUCUCUUGCAGCACCUGUGGAAGAGGAUUUACCACAAUGUCAAGCUUAAAUGCUCACGAUAGAAUCCACACAGGUGAGAAGCCGUUUACCUGUCAAACAUGUGGCAUGGCUUUCCGAAUGAACCAUGAAUUAAAAGUCCACAUGGGCAAACACACAGGUGAGAAGCCUUUCACCUGCAGCACCUGUGGAAGAGGAUUUACUACGGCGGCAAGCUUAAAUAAUCACAAUAGACUUCACACAGGUGAGAAGCCGUUUACCUGUGAAACAUGCGGCAAGUCUUUCAGACUGAGACAUCAAUUAAAAAUCCAUGUGAGAUCCCACACAGGUGAGAGGCCGUACUCCUGUAGCACCUGUGGGACAGGAUUCAUUGCUAUGUCACACUUAAACGCUCACCUUCGUAUUCACACCGGUGAGAAGCCAUUUACCUGUGAAACAUGUGGCAAGGCUUUCAGAUUGAGGGGUUUAUUGAAAGCACAUAUCAGAACACACACAGGUGAGAAGCGGUACACCUGUAGUAUCUGUGAGAAAUCUUUCACCCAUAAACAGUAUUUAGAAACACACACAAGAAUUCACACAGGUGAGAGACCUGCUAAACAUAGCAAGUCUUUUAGUUAUUCUCCUGCUUUGACUGUCGACGAGCAAAGCUCAGACUUGACAGAAGAAGAAGAUUUUUAGAAUCCUCUACCAUCUCACAGCCUGAAAGUCACACCGUGUGAGUGCAGAUGUAUUAGUGGUAAAGUAAUACUCACAAGGGACUAGACCAGUGUUACUCAAGCCUGCUCAACCAAAGAGCCAAAUUAUUGAAAAAUACAUUAGUAAGAGCCACAAUCUAAGUGGUGAAAAGGGGCAAUUAAAAUAAGGUAACGGUGGCAAAAGUGGUCAAAAAGCGGCAAACACUGGGAGAAAUGUGACGGAAACGGCAGAAAGUGGCAAAAAUGGGUUCCCCGUCAUAAGAGACAAGUCAUUUAUCAGAUAUCAGUAUGUCGGUUGAUCAGAAGCAUCAUCGUUGAAUUAAAUUAAGUAUUUUGUGUCCUCAGAGAACUUCAGCUUCACUUCUCAGAAAAUAUGGCUGCCUCAGGUUGCCAUGGUUACUCCCAUCAUCUAACAGCAGCUGCACAUUUAUUUGGAACAGUGUAAAGAUUUUUUGACUGGAACUACUUGAGAAGUUCCACAUGUGUCUGUAUGUAAGAAGUUAACGGACAUGAAUGGAACUUCCAGAGCCAAUCAGAAUCGAGUAUUCCCCAAGACCAUGGUAUAAAUACUGUUAACCAAUGUUUCUCAUAAACAACAUGCACUUAAGUGUUUUUUCCCUUGUUUUUUAGAUCUAUAACUGUCCAUGACUAAUGAACUAGUCCCCUAACUUCCAUUAGGUAUCGAGGUCAUGUAAGUAACCCGUGCGUAUCUGCAGCUGAUCAGGCAGAGGAAGAGGGAGAUAGUCGAGCAUCCUUCGCUUUAAUUCAUAAGAAAGACGUCUAAUGUUAAAUAUGAACCUCUCCUGUUACUCUAACAGUUUUUAUACAGGUGAUGCUGUGAAUAUUAUUCUGCAGCCUGACCCCAACCACUGAAAGUUGAGGGGCACAUUUCAAAACAUAAAUUGUUUUAUGCAUGAAAUGUACGGCUAAAUACUGAUAUAAGAUCAGGAACCUGCAAAGAGAAGCUGUGUGUAUGAAGAGAGCGGUGGUGCACACACACAUUUGGACAGCAGAGUCUAAAUAAGUAAACUAAAGCAAUAAAAUGAAAUUAACUGAAAGAGAAGUGCAAUUUAUCACCUAUGUCAGAACUUUAACAAUCUCCUAAUCUGCCUCUAUUAUUUUUCCAACAAGAGAAAGGAGCAGGAAAAAAAAACUAAUUGCCACCCUAAAUUACAGAGAUGCUGAUUCGUACAGGAUUAGUGUUAAUUGUGGAUUUGUGUGCUGAAAUAUGGUUGGUAAUUUGCCCUGGAAUUUUAUUCCACAAAUUAUGGACAUGUUCAGUUCAUAAGGCACUAAAAACACAGAUGUCCUCUGAAAUUUUUACAAAUUACAAGAAGUCCCUAGGUAAUGCUAAUCCUGUGCGAGUAGGGCAUAAGUUCAAGUGAAAACUGCAUCACUGCAUCCAUCCUCCCAGUGACAUUUUCCAGCUCUUCCUGUGAGAUCUCAAGAUGCUUCCUGUUCAGACUGGAUAUUAUAAUAAUAGUUGUAUAGCACUUUAAGAAACAAGGCUCAACGACUGGCUUUGACACGAAGACAUCCAGUGUUAGUCAAUGGCUAUGGCUGUUCACAUGGACACAGUCGGAAUUACAGAAAACCUUGUCAGAAUAAAUAUGAGUUAUGUAAACACACCAGUAAAAAAAAUAUCCAAAACAGCCCAUCAUGAGUCAAAGGUCAUUCCCUGUCGCCCCCUGAUGUUUGUAUGUGAUAGGGUUUGAUGUUCAGAUAUCUGACAGAUCAAACCCGUCAAAAAUGUUUUCUUGGUCCUGUUUUUGAUUGUCUUACUGAUUGUAAUUUAUUACCACUCAUCAGAGAAGGUUGUUUGCUACCACAUUUACCUGAGGGAGGUCUUCCAUGAAAACAUUGCCUACAA